CACACCGGAAUAAAUGAACCUUCGUCUCUCCUGCCCACCUUGCUUUCUAGGAAAUUAGCGGGAUGUACUCUUUUCAUCACGGGUGCAAGCCGGGGCAUUGGCAAAGCAAUUGCUUUGAAGGCAGCAAAGGAUGGUGCGAACAUUGUGAUAGCUGCUAAGACAGCUGAGCCUCAUCGCUCUCUCCCAGGAACAAUAUACACUGCUGCAGAAGAGAUUGAAGCUGCUGGAGGAAAGGCUUUACCAUGUAUUGUUAAUGUGAGGGAAGAACAGCAAAUUGUUGAUGCAGUGGAGAAAGCUGUCCAGAAAUUUGGAGGAAUAGACGUUUUGGUGAACAAUGCGAGUGCUAUCUCCUUGACUGGCACCUUGGAAACUCCUACAAAGAAAAUAGAUCUUAUGAUGAGUGCUAACACACGAGGAACCUACCUUGCAUCUAAAAUAUGCCUUCCUUACUUAAAAAAGAGUAACAUCGCUCAUAUCCUCAACAUUAGCCCACCAAUUAACCUGAAUCCUGUAUGGUUCAAAAAUCACUGUGCAUAUACCAUUUCUAAAUAUGGCAUGUCCAUGUGCGUGCUGGGGAUGGCAGAAGAAUUUAGAGGAGAAGUUGCAGUGAAUGCUUUAUGGCCUCAAACAGCUAUACAUACGUCUGCUAUGGAUAUGCUGGGAGGAGCUGGUGUGGAACAGCAAUGCAGAAAAACUGAUAUCCUUGCAGAUGCUGCAUACUGCAUUUUAACAAAACCAAAAAGUUUCACAGGAAACUUCGUUAUUGAUGAGAAUCUUCUGAGAGAAGAAGGAAUUAAGAAUUUUGAUGUAUAUGCAGUUGCACCAGGUCACCCAUUACUACCAGAUUUCUUUCUAGAUGUAGAUCCUGAUACUUUAGCUAUGAAAAUGGAAGCACAAGGUGCUUCUCCAUUGUUCAAGGAGGGGAAGAAAUUAGAGGGAGCCAAGCCUGAAGGCCCCGAGGGAGCCAAGCCUGAAGGCCCGGAAGGAGCCAAGCAAGUAGGCCCUGAGGGAGCAGAGUAUGCUGCUGUCAAGCCUUUGGGGCCUGUUGCAGAAACCUUUAAAAUUAUUCAGGGAGCAAUCAGUGAAGACGUUGUGAGGACUACCCAAGGCGUUUAUCUGUUUGAACUAUCUGGUGAUGAAGGAGGAACUUGGUACAUUGAUCUUAAGAACAAAGCUGGGAGUGCAGGAGUUGGAGAGCCUCCUGUGAAAGUUGAUGUGGUUAUGAGCAUGUCCACCAAUGACUUUGUGAAAAUGUUUUCAGGCAAACUAAAGCCAACCAUGGCUUUCAUGUCAGGAAAACUGAAAAUCAAAGGUAACAUGGCCUUAGCAAUGAAGCUGGAAAAAAUGAUGUCUCAGUUCAGCUCCAAACUUUAAUUGGAAGGCUUAUUGUGUGGAACAUUGGCCUUUAAUAAAAAUGUAACCCUGUUGUAUAAAGCACUAAUUCUUGAUUUUUUUUGAUGUAUUAUGAAAAAUCUGAAUUUGACCUGAUGAAAUAUGAAUUGGUAGAAGAAGAAGAACUUGACAUUAUUUUAACUAGGACAACAGAUUCAUUAUAUGUCAUAAUGGUCCAGGUGUCUUGUUCCUCUCCUCUGGGUCCUGCAGCUCUGUCUGGUUUUGGAGAGUAUUUCCAUUUCUUCCUCUUUAGAUCCCUCAUUGGGUUUGAGGCUUCCAUGUUCUAAUCAUCAUUUUUUCUAAAGAAGAAGGCUUAUACUGGAUUUUCUUCAAGUUAAUCAGUUGUACUGAGGAGCAAUAAAAUAAAGUGAAGGUCACACAGUGUGACCAUAAGGUAUUCCCUUUUCUUUAAGAGCUAUAAACUUACUGCCUCUUGUGCUGGAAGAGCUUCAGAGUUGAGAGACUGGAAUCAAUUUGCCAUAAUAGCCUUGCAAGGCUAUGUGAUUAGUAUGCUGGCAAUUCAAAAUUAUAGAUUUGUACUCACAAUUAUACAAAUAUAAAUUGAUGUUUUGGGGUUUUUCUCUUAUGUGUUACAUUUUUUUCUAUACUAAACCUUUUACUGUGGAACUAAGGAGUUCUAAAAUUUCUAAGUCAAACUUGGGAACUCUUAGUAAAUUAUACUAAUUUAAAAAAAUAGACUGCAAGCCUUUGUGACAAAGUGCCUAAAUAAUUCAAAUAAUAAAGUUUUUACAGAAAAUAUUUUAAACAUAAUAGAAUUGCUGCUGUAAACUCUGUCCUGCCAAGCUGUACUCAAAUUAAUUAAAUAAACAGAAGUAUUUUA